UUGUAAACAUAACCUCAAACUACUGUUUUGAUUAAACUACCAAUGUUGUGAUCAGUGAUGAGUGUAUUUAAGUGCAAAUACUAAUAAAAAGUGGAGGAAAACUUACUCAAAAUACUAAUUAUUAGUUACAAUGGAUUUUUUUAUGUAUUAUUGUGAUUUUUGCGAAUUUGCUUCAAGCUAUGAGGAAUGGGAAGAACAUGCUAAAACUUGUAAGCCAAAUAAAAAUAAAGAAAAAGACAAUAUUGGUGAACCUAUAGAAGAUAAAGUAAUAGAAACCAUUAUAGAAAAGGAUAAUGAACCUGCCGAAACUCAAUGUAAAGAAAUUAAUAAAAAUGACUCGAUAAUAACUCAAUGUGAAGAAAUUAAUAAAAAUGUAUCAACAAUUAUUACAAGUGAAGAAGAUAGAAUUGCUCAAGAAGCUCUAGAAGAAACAUCCAAUGAAAAAUGUGAAAAUGUAUUAAAAAUAUGUGAAAUUUGUAAUGAAGGAAUCAUAAAACUAGAGAGGCACAGAAAAUGUAGAAGGGAGUUACUGAGAAGCAAAUUUAAGGAUUCUUUGAAGAUUAAGGAAGAAAAUCAAGAGCCUCCAUCGAAAAUACCAAAAAAAGAAUUUGAUGAACACCAAAGCAAAGAACCAGAAAAGCAAGUUGUGACAUGUUUGACUGAAGAACUUAAAAAUGAAACAGCAAAUUACAAUCUAUAUUUACAAAGAAGUCAAUGUCCCUAUUGCAGUGCCAAAGAAAUUACACAAAGAAACAUAAUUGAACAUGUGAAAACAUGCCUUGUAUACCCCUUGUACAAACAAAGAUACGAAAAAAAGAGAUACAAAUUGCGCACUUGCGGAAAGUGCUUUAGAACGUUCGCAUCAAAAAAAAUUUUGUGCCAUCAUGAUUGUAUGUUAAAAACAAAAUACCCAUGCCCUUUCUGCGGUCUUCAAAACACUAACAUGUCGAGUCUUCUCAACCAUAUUAACUAUUGUAAAAUCUAUUUACAAAAUAAAGAAAUGUUCAAAAAGGGAGAUAAUGCAUAUAAAAAAAACACUUGUAAAGAUUGCUUCCUGUCUUUUGAGGAUGAACGUGGUCUUCAAAUGCAUGAGUGUUAUAUUUUGGGGUGUCAGAAGCUUAGUAUACUAAGAAAGAAGAAUGAAGCACAAGUCAAAACGGUGGCUCAAAAUGAACCAGUGACAUACAAUUGUGAUAAAUGCAAAACUUCCUUCAAGAAAAAACAGACGUUUGUGGAACAUAUAAUAAAAAACCAUUCCAUAAUUCUGUGCUCUUCUUGUAACUCAAUCAUAAAAAACAUUUCGAGUUAUUUCGAUCAUAAAAUCAAGUGCGCGUUCGAGCGAUUUUUCAAGAGUAAGAUCAAAGAGCAGACGAUAGAUGGCGUUGAAUAUUUUUCUUGCAAGUGCGGCGUAGGCUUAAACGAUAAAGAUAAAAUGAUGGAGCAUUUGAAAUGUAUGCACCCAAAUUUUGUAAACAAUUUCUGCCAGUCGACUUCGCCUCUAUUCGGUUGCGAUCAAUGUCGGCAACUAUAUGGAAAAAAUGUCGGGAGAAUAUUUUGCAACUGUCAGAAAAAAUAUUUAUCCGUCGUCACUAAAGGUGAACCAAAAAUCGUUGCUAUCGAAAAUGUCGAUAAUGAUACAACCUUGCUUAAAAAUGUUGGCGAUAAUUUGGUGGGUAAUGUAGAUGCCGCUACAAUACUACCGAGUAUUGUCGCCGAAAGUGGACCAAACAGUCAGGAGCUUGAAAAAAAUGUAACCAAUCCGGAUGGAGAUGUUGCAAUGGCCUACUCUGCCAAAGUGCCUCAAACUGAAGACAAACUUCAAUCCUCAAGUGAAACAAAAGAAUUAGAGGAUAAAAUACAAAAAUCGAUAGAUUACUUCAUAAAUUUUAGUACAACUUAUGUAAUGGCCCACAAAACAGUCUAUACAUGCACGCAUUGCGACGUCGAAGACGAUUCGCUGGCCAAAAUAAAAGCGCAUAUAAGAAGUCAUCCUGAAAAUUUUUGUCCGUGCAAAACACUGUGGAGUUUAUGUUGCAAAUGUUAUCACCCCAUACAGAGCAAAAUGUUCAGAACUAAUAGAGUACCGUUUGAAUACCACCGAUGUGAAAUAUGCGAAAAAAAGUUUAGUGUUAUUCAGUUGCUAAUAGAUCACUUUAAAGCUAAGCAUAUGAAUAAAUCUAUGACCGAAAACAAAAAAACUGCUUUAAAAGGAAACGCAGAUGUGGAUAAUUCAAUGGAAAAUGCCAAGUAUACAUCUGUUAAAGUUGUUAAGAUUGUUUUCCCUGAGGAAAUUGAAGAAACUGCAAAGGCGCCGGUAGAAAAUUCGAUGAAAAAUAUCGAGUCGGAAAAUUCCGAGCACACAACCGAAACCGAUAAAGUUGUUCUCCCUGAAAUAACAGAAAAAACAAAUUUAGAAGAAAAGAAUUUUGAGACGCAAAAGGCUCCAGUAGAAACGAAAACAGCCCACUCGGAAUAUAAAAAGUUUAAAGAAAAUUCAACCAUUCGACAUCCGGAUCCUCAGUACUGCCCCAAACGCGACAACAAAUUUGAAAUAUUAAAUGGCUAUUGGCCAAAUGGUCAUUCUGAAAAAGUUUGUUUCCAACCCAAAAAUGUCGAGUAUUACGAAAAAGUACCUACUGAACACCACUGUGACAUAUGCAAGGAAACGUUUAGUGAUGUUGAGUUGUUAUUGGAUCACUUAAGCGUUGGGCAUACAACUACCUGUAUAACCGAAAACGAAAAAUCUGCUUUAAAAGAAAACGCAGUGUUGGAAAAUGUCGAAACGAAAAGGGUCCAACCCAAAAAUGUCGGGUAUUACGAAAAAGUACAAUGUAACAUAUGCAAGGAAACGUUUAGUGAUGUUGAGUUGUUAUUGGAUCACUUAACCGUUGAGCAUACUACCUGUAUAAGCGAAACCGAAAACACUGCUUUAAAAGAAAACGCAGUGUUGGAAAAUGUCGAACCGAAAAAGGCCUCAGCUGUCUCAAGAUCACGUAACAAAGGAAAUGCUCUAAUAAAGGACGGUUUAGGUAUUCAUCAAGGAUACGAGUUUGAAAAAAGUAUAACCAAUUAUUGUCGUCCUGUUAUCAAACUUGACAGCAAAUUGGACGCAUCAAAUGACACGCAAAAAAACACAAUCGAAAAUUCCUCUUCGGAAGUUAAUUUAAACCACACAAUAAUUCAGGUGAUUGACGACACAAGUAAAAAACCAACUUAUGUGAGGUGUUCCGGAACAUUUUUUAAAUGCACGCAUUGCGAUGUUGUAGAAGAUGAUCUGGACGCAAUUAAAGCGCAUUUGUCAAGUCACCCUGAAAAUUUCUGUUCAUGCGGAAAGUUGUUUAGUUCCUGUUCCAGUUCUCCCCGAUUCAAAGAUGUCGGGUAUUACGUAAUAAGUAAAGUAUCUAUUGAAUCCCACCAAUGUGACCUAUGCAAAAAAAGGUUUAGUGACAUUAAGUUGUUAGUGGAGCACAUAAAAGUCGAACAUUUUGGAUCUAGCUGUGUAACCAAACCUUCCGAUUUUUCCGAAGAAAUAAAAAAUAAUGCACCGGUGGAAAAUCCAAUGGAAAAAGUGUUGCCGGAAAAUUCCGAACUCACAAGAGCGAUUAAAUCUCUUAAAGUUCUUUUUCCUGUGAAAAUCAAAAAAACUCCUUUAUUAGAGCGGUAUUUACGCCUUGAAAAUGCAUCGACUAAGGAGAUGCCUAAAAAAUUCUAUAGGAAAGUUUUUCAGUGCAAAAUUUGCGAUAUGUUUGAUGCACAAAUAAAUUUGGCUAGGAAGCAUGUAAAAACUCAUCUUGAAUACAAGCGUCUAAGAAAAGGAGUUAUGUAUAAGACUGUAUACCUAUGCGUGUUUUGCCGUCAAAAAUUUACCUCCAUUAGAGAUUUGGAAAGCCACAGUCGCAGUGCGCAUAGCAAAGCCUACAAGACCUGCCCUUUCUGUGCGAAGUUGAGAAUCGAAUGCUGGUUGCAUAACCCACACCAUCAUUAUCGAAGGUACCUGAAGGCCGAUUUAAAUGAGUACCCUUGGAGCUUGAGAGCGAAAAUCGAGCACGUUUCAAUGGAUCAUUGCUACUGUAAAGAAGAUUAUGAUUACAGUACAGAAACUGCCAGCGAGGUAUCACUGAUAGAGUUGAACUCUUUGGGUGACAGUGACGUAGAUGAUUGUUUUGUGGAAGACGUCGAAAUGCAAGAAGUUCAUCGAGAUGAAGAAAUAAAAGAAAAAGUCACAGUGGAAUCGCCUUUCCCUUACUACGAUUCCGAUGAAGAAAGCGAAUACGAUGUAGUGGACAUUUUUAAAGAUUUCGACAAUAACAAUGAGGAUUUUGACGAGGAACUAUCGAAACUUAUCAAAACUGGAUAUCCCACAGAUGAAAAGGAAAGGAACUUUUACUGUCCAGAUUGCCUUUUUAAGACAUCCCAAUAUUUGUCUUUAAGACAUCACGUUCAAAGGUAUCAUAAGAGAUCAGUUUUUCUUGAUAAUGCUGUCUACACAAUUUAAAUCUGUACAUAUUUGUAAGUACCUACUUAGGUUUGUUAUAGUUAAAGUAAUAUUAUUUAUAAUUAUUUUUGUUAUUUUAAAUAUAGAAUAAAGUAUUUUGUUAUCAAUA